UGGAACAGUUUUGAAAGGCAAAACAAUAGGAGAGAAAUGUCACACCUAGUUCAAGGGAAUGUAUUUUAUGCUUGGCAUUUACCAUAUCGUUGGUCAUUGUCCUCAAAAAAGAAUGAAAGUAUUUCAAGGCUUCAAAGCCGUGAACUCUAGUGUCAAUGAAAUAAUUACGGAAAACAAGGUUACAUUUUACCACUUUACAGUCAAAUUAUAUAGCUGGAAUCUUGGUAACAUUAGAUAUCGAGAAAGUAGAAUGUAAAGAAUAAGAAUGGAAAGGAAUGGGCUAUUAUGUAUUAAAAACUAAAGUUUAGGGUGUGUUUGAUGGUGAAAGAGAUAAAUUUUAAUAUAUAAUUUAUCAUCUCAUCUAAUCGAGUUUCAAAACAUGUAUAAAGGUGCUCCAUUUUCAAGUUCCUUUGAUAAGAGUUCAUUGGCUUCCUGUUUAUCACCUUCGCACAAGUCGAAGCUAUAUCUUUUCAGACCUAAAGAGGAAAAGAAUUCUACCAGAUUGCAACUCCUCAUUUCUUUCUGCACAUAAUAGCGUAAUUGUCUUUACUGUUUCGGGUCAUUUGUUUAAACGCUAGUGCAUAGAUUUCAGCCAUUUUAUAAGAUAUAAGUAGGUGCAGUAAAAGCUUCUCAAGAUGCGACUAGUGAUCUGUGAUACCGUGGACUUCGUAGCGGAAUGGUCUGCCAAGUAUGUAAUGAAAAGGAUCAAUAAUUUUCAACCAAAUGAAAAUAAAUACUUCGUCCUCGGACUGCCUACUGGAGGGACACCGUACGGAAUGUAUGUGAAACUUAUAGAGUACUACAAGGCUGGAAAAAUUUCAUUCAAAUAUGUUAAGACAUUCAAUAUGGAUGAAUACGUGGAUCUACCAAGAGAUCAUCCAGAGUCAUAUCAUUAUUACAUGUACAAUAAUUUUUUUAAGCACAUAGACAUCGAUCCUAAAAACGUUCACAUUCUUGAUGGCAAUGCACCAGACCUGGAAAAAGAAUGCAAUGAAUUUGAGCAGCAAAUUAAAGAUGCUGGUGGGAUAGAAUUAUUCAUUGGAGGUAUCGGUCCUGACGGACACAUAGCCUUUAAUGAACCAGGAUCGUCAUUGGUUUCUCGUACGAGAGUCAAGGCCCUAGCUCAGGAUACUUUGGAAGCAAAUGCCAGAUUCUUUGGGAAUGAUAUAAAUAAAGUGCCAAAACAAGCACUGACAGUUGGGGUGGGAACUGUAAUGGAUUCGAAGGAAGUGAUGAUACUUAUUACUGGAUCUCAUAAAGCAUUUGCACUUUAUAAAGCCAUCGAAGAGGGAGUCAAUCACAUGUGGACCGUGUCAGCUUUCCAGCAACAUCCACGUACACUAAUCAUUUGUGACGAAGAUGCUACACUGGAGCUUCGGGUGAAGACGGUGAAGUACUUCAAGGCUCUCAGUACUGUACACCAGAAAUUGAUCGAGGAAGACAGAAGUGCACUUCCACGUCAAACCCAGUCUGAGACCGAGUCUUAAAACAAAUCUAUGAAACGGAAGAGAAUUGCCCGAAGGAACGAGCCUACAACUUUAUUAACACGGAUUUCCUAGAAGUGUAACUCGAAUUUCAUUUAUAUAAACCUUCGUGAUAUUCCUCAUAACAGGGCACGAUAUUUUUAUAUUUUUAACACGUGUACGUGAGAAUAAAUAUAUCUAUAUACACA